GGCUUCUGGGUAGCGGAUUAUCCCCGCCCCCCGCGCCAGCCCCUUCCUUUCCCUUCCGGACGCUGUCGAGGUCGCACGCGCGAGGGUUCUUCGCUGCCGCUGAGAUGCGCUACGUUGCCUCUUAUCUGCUGGCCGCCCUCGGGGGCAAUACCUCCCCCAGCGCCAAGGACAUCAAGAAAAUCCUGGACAGCGUGGGCAUCGAGGCGGACGACGACCGGCUCAACAAGGUCAUUAGUGAGCUGAAUGGAAAAAACAUUGAAGAUGUCAUCGCGCAGGGGAUUGGCAAGCUGGCCAGUGUCCCCUCCGGUGGGGCUGUAGCCGUCUCCGCUGCCCCAGGAGCUGCAGCUCCUGCUGCUGGUUCUGCCCCGGCUGCCGCCGAGGAGAAGAAAGACGAAAAGAAGGAGGAGUCGGAGGAGUCGGAUGACGACAUGGGAUUUGGCUUGUUUGAUUAGAAUUCUGUGCCCUGCAAAUUAAACUCUUUUUGUGUAUCUCUUGA